AUGAAAGCCCUCCAGCUCACACGUCCUUCGGCAAGCGACCCUCCUGAAUUGAGAACCGCAGAUCUGCCCACUCCACAGCUGAAACCUGGCUAUGCACUCGUGCAAAUUCACUAUGCCUCCAUCCAACCAUCCGACAGACUCAACGCCCAAGGCGGUUUCCCAGAUACCACGUUCCCGCGUAUUAUCGGACGCGACUACUCCGGUACUGUGAUUGAUAUCAUGAGCGAUAAUGUGGAUGCAAAGUCAUGGGUCGGUAAACACGUCUACGGAACCAGCGGGUCAAAUCUCGGUUUCGAUAUGGACGGUACACAUGCUCAGUACUGCUUGAUUCCGGAGAAUGCGCUUGUCGAAAAGCCGGCUCAGCUGACGUCGAUCCAAGCUGCAAGCGUUGGAGUCCUAUUCACUACUGCAAUGCUUUGUUUGCGGCGCGCACAAGUGAAGGCCGACGACGUUGUCCUCGUACUUGGCUCGAGCGGUGCCGUGGGGUCUGCCGCGGUGCAGAUGACCAAGGCAAUGGGAUGCAAAAAGGUUUUGACGGCGGCACGUCGUGGAGAUCCGAAGCCCGACGUGUCCCUGGCAUCGAAUGCUACCAUUGAAGAGACUAUCUCAGCCUUGACUGAUGGAAAGGGCGUGGACGUUGUGAUCGACACUGUGGGGGAUUUGACAUUGAUGGCCACCGUCGUGGAUCAGUUGGCUCUUCAGGGACGCUAUACAUGGAUCACGGCUCCUCGGGGGAAUGCUAGCAUAUCGCAAGGAGAUUUCACUCGUGGGGUGCAAUUCUGUUGCUCGGACACUUGA